CGGGUACGGCGCCGCCGCAUUUGUUCGUGUCGGAGGAGCAGCAUCAACGCCAUACAUGCCUACCGAAUAGGUUUGCUAAUAAACCAAGACAGAGGCCGCGCGUUCCGCGGCGCGUAUACGCGACACAGAAUCAACCAACACAAGCGCCACACUGAACCGAUCCUCAGUUUUCGGUCGGUCGCCUUAGUGUUGAGACGUAAUUUACGCAUUUAUGAAUGGUACCAACCUACCUACCUACCAAUCUACCAUCCAGCCUAGUGGAAGAACUGCUGGAGAAGUACUCCCGGAAUAAACAGCAUAUAAUGGAUGAUGGAUACAAAAACAGCAGAAGAACAGAACCAUCAUUAAAGUUUCGAUCGCAAAGUGUUUUUUGAAUAGUUGAUGCUAGAAAUGUCGGUGAAUGGUGUGGAAAUCCAAAAUAUAGUAUAGUAUCGCAGGAGCGGUGUGUGUAAACAUAAAAUCGAUAUUUUCGGAUCCCUUGGCCCCUGCUGCUGGGAGGUGUGUGCAAAUUAAGGCAAAGCAGAGCGAGGAAGCCAGGAAAGGAUUGGAUCUAUGGAUUUUUGCGUGCAAAUCUAGAUAUGGUGGUUUGAUAUGUACCACUGUAUUGGUCCAAAUCGGAAUACCUUUCGGGAUCGAGAAACUAAUAAAGCGAGGAAAACGAGGAAUUUCAUAACAUAGAUGCGCGCUUCUUCCAUUAUUGCUCUAGGAGAGGCUGUAGUGUGUUGUGUAUAGUUGUUGGAUGACGAUAAUACACAUUUAGUGGAGCGCUUUCUGGAAAUAAGAAGCAGAACAAGCUUUUGCUUCAGUGUGUCGUACAAGUGUUUGAAAUUUAAAUUGAUAGAAAUAGUCUGCAGAAGUGGUCUAAUUUGUGUAUCGUAUAUAUAAAUAAACAUAGCCACGGGGAAAAUUGAGAUAAGCAACUAGCAGUCUGGCAAAAAUCGUAUUUAGUGUUUGUGCAGAUCAUAGUCACCGGGUGUUUGCGUUUACCUUUCCCCGUCUGGCCUGCUGUGUCUAGAAGAAGAAAUAUCAUAUUCAUGGAGUAAAAAUUCUGAGCUGCGGCGGCCUACUGCCAUUGGGAAUACAGCAGGAAAACGCAAAGCAAAGCAACAGAGAGCUCUAGCUCCACUCCACUCGCAGCAACACCGCCGAUGAAGUGAUUCAUAUGUAAAAGAAGAAACGACCAGGAAAAAAGUUUUCGUGUGUUUGGGGAAGAAUCGCUAUUUAUGGUAUUCGUACAUGCAAGCGCACUUGUCAGGAAAUAAGCGAAUAAUAAUUAGAGAAGGAAGGAAUUCAAAUUAGGUAAUACUACCACACCACCGGCCGCCGCUAGUUAGUGCAAAGUGUAAGCAACAAUGAUGAUGGUUGGAAAAAAGCAUCGAAAAAAGUGAUUCCUUCGAAUAUUAAGAGAGUGAAAAAAAAAGAGUUCAAAAUUGCAAACCAAAACACACCGGCGCGCUUCCUCCCACCAAAUGAGCCAACUCUGUCGUGUGCGCCGCGCUGCCAAACAUCGCCGCCACCACCACCAAAUCUUCGGGUAGAACCAAAAUCCAAAUGGUCAAACAUUUUUAUGGCGCUGUUAUUAUUUCGAUUCUACCUUGUGUUUGCGAUAGGAUUACUCUGGCUGAAUGGAUUCGCAGUUUUAUCAGGUAAAUGUCAUUCUUCCUCCGGAGCAUUAACUGCGCGCUGUAGUAGCGCCAUAAAGUGUUGUGCAUCUUACUGUGAGUAUUCUUGGUCGUCGUCGUACAUAAUUGGCACUCGGCUGCCCCAUCAUCCCACAACAUCAAGCAAGCGUCGACAGUCUCUGCCUUCGUUAACGAAGCUGGCCCAGACCGACUUCGGCUCACGGUGUCCCCGCCGUCACACGUAAUUAUAACGGCGACCAAAAACACUCCCGUCUACCUGCCAUGCCACGCCGAAGCCGAUAUCGACCCCAACGAUUGGGGCGCCGACUCGGAUAUGGACGCGGACCAGGACAUGGACGAUAUCGAGUACGAGACCAAUGUCAACGAAGAGGUGGACAUCCUGAAUCCACCGAACCUCGAACGGCAGGGAUUCUACGAAGACUCGCUCGACCUCCAUAAUCUGGCGCAUGAAAAUAUCGACCCCAAUGGCCAUGGCAACGAUCUGGACGAGGAAGAGGACGAAGAAUAUGACGAGGAUGAGCAGUCAAGUCGGUAUCGGCGGUCGGCUUACGGGCGCGAUGAGCUGAUCGAGUACGUGUGGUAUCGGAAUGGGUUAGAAUUUUUCAGUACGGCGUUCCAGAACCAAAAUCACAAGCAAACGCACAAGGGGUUUCGCCUGUUUCCAAAUGGGACACUCAAGAUACCGUACAAUCGUCAAAUGAGUAACAUCUCGGCCGGAGUCUAUCGCUGCAGGGCAAACUUGACGCGGCACGGAAGUGGAUCGAUUCUUUCGACUGAAAGUGUGGUGACUAUAGCAUAUUUGGAACGAAACAACUUACUGAUUUCCGACAACAACACCAUUAUGAUCAGUACCCAGAAGCCAUUAGUACUGCAUUGUCCGUUCGAUAGCCAUCCGCCGGCGAACAUCACCUGGAUAGUGAAUAAAACCCAAAUAGUCAUCAACAACUACGCAACCGGGCCGCAUGAGAACAGAUUCUAUCAGUUGCAAAACGGAAGCCUGCUGGUGACUGAUAUACGCAUGUCGGAUGCUGGCCGUUACCGAUGCAAUGCUACGAAUAACUUUUCCGCGAAAACGCUUCGUAGCUAUGGAUACGUCGUCGCAGUACAAUCACCAUCCACUUCUGGUUCUGUAUCGGAUCGAUUGCUUCCAAGGAUGCAGCCACAAAACAUAAGCAUCCGAACGGGAUCCACUCUCAAACUAAACUGUGCCGGUGAGAACAAUCGUCCCCGGUGGACGUUUACCCCACGGCAAAGCAAAAUACCGAUAAAUCUAGUGAACUUUACGUAUCAAUUGUUCUUCACCAACGUGUCUGUUGAGAAGCACGAAGGAAUAUACAACUGCUCUCUCGGUACCGAUUUUCAACUGUACAACGUAAUGGUGCUGGUGCCACCGAUGUUCCUCAACAAUAUGACCUCAUAUACGACAUCGGUAGUUGCUUCCAUGUCGUUUAAUUGCAGCGCUAGUGGGAAUCCUCCUCCGAAAAUCACGUGGUUCAAAAAUGGGCGGGAAAUCAAGAAUAGCUACAUCGUACACUUCAACUAUCCAAUUCUACGGAUUAACACCAUUGAUCCGGACGACGAGGGUCUGUACCAGUGCAUCGCCAAAAAUGAAGCCGGAGAAGCGAGCGUGUCGAUGUAUCUUUCCAUAAGGGACAAAGACCGAUACAGGCGUUUAUCGCGUCGACCGGAGAACAUCCAAUGUUUCCCAAUCGAUACGUCCAGUUUGUAUGUUCGCUUCGAGCGGGGCUUGCAGCACGUCAACACGGACUACGCCAUGUACUACCUCGCCUCGGGUAGUCCUUACAGUUGGUACAGUUCGCCGCCGACGCAGCUUCUGACCAAUAACAGCCUGAAGAUAACCGGACCAAUGGUGGUUCCAUUUCGGAACUACACUGUGUAUCUGCGAACGUGUGCAGUGACCAAUGUCCCGGAUGCGGAGAAUACUGGACCAGCCGGCAAGAAGCAAGUCAUUCCGUCGAAGCUUUCCAAAGGAGUGCAGUGUACUUCGCAAGGAGUUCCGGUUUUGUCCAUAUUUUUCUCCAACGGAAUUUUCAUGUGGUGGCCUCGGUUUGGCGGCGUAGAGCCAACUGCCUACACUAUCCAGCUGAAGCACAACGACACCAAAACUCUUCCGUUUGACGCACAGCGCGUUAAUGGAACCACUCAGAUCCUGGACGACUACAUAACCCACGAGGAAGUGCAGCCCCUGCUGACGGCAAUUGACAUCACCGUGAGGCAAACGCGCGAAAAUGUUCUAGAGGAAUCGAUGGGCAAAAAACGACGACGCAAACGCCGCCGCCGAGCCUUCGAUAUGGUGGGACGGGAUCGGAAGCAAAUUUUCGAAUCACUGACCGGCACCCAACUGGAUUUGGAAGUGGCCGGAACAAACGUGGGCGUCGCAGGGCAUCACGACAAACACGAAACGAGAUACCGUCAGGUGCUGAUCACCGAAAUCAAAGUUCCCGGUAAUGUGACGGGCGUUUUCAUUCCGAACACUAGCAGCCUGAGCGUGCGCAUUCUGGGAUCCGUGACGGCAGAUGGGGAACCCCUGCAGCAAGAUUUGCAUUACAUUCAAUGGAAAACGAUUGAUUCAUCCAUUCGUCGGCCCGAUGCUGUCAACCGGUUCCAAACAAACCACGUCGAUGCCCGUAGUGUCCAGUUUACGUGGAGCCGCUUCAUUGCGACCGACCUCGUCAACAAGUGUCUCACGUUGUGCUACAAGAACGUCAAUCAUGACGUUUUCAUACGCGGAGGCUCCAACAGGAUCAACUGUGUGAACAUACCGAAGGACGCCACGCACUAUAAUCUGGUAGGUCUACUGCCAUUUACGGCGUACAAAGCUUUCCUGAAGCCUUGCCAUUCCAAGGAACCUAUCAGCGAUGUAUUGGACUUUCUGACGAAGCAAGAUGUUCCCGGCCCCGUUACUAAUCACAAUUUGCUGCGCAAAGAUGGUAUCACGCUAACGUGGGGUCCACCGGAGAAUAGGAAUGGUCUCCUUCAGGGAUAUAUGAUUCAGUGGAUCGACAAAGACAACGUAAAUCAUUCGACGAAUCUCACGAUCGAUGCAAAUCACUUUACAUUUCCGAACGUAUCGACGGAUGAUAAGAUAAACAUUUCUAUCAUGGCAAUUGGCAACACCGGAGUGGGCAUACCGAUUUACGUAAAAAUGUUAAAUCACGUCGUGGACAUAGUUGAACCCGAGGCAGAAGAAUACUUUCCGUGGAUCGAAAUUGGUAUUGGUGCGUUUACAAUCAUAUGUCUUCUUUUGUUUUGUUGUCUUCUGGCAAUACAUCGGAAAAACUGCAAAAAAGCCCAUCGGAAUCAAGCCGCAGCCAGCGCUAAUGCGCCAAUGCAGAUGCAUUCCGUUAAUUGUAAUGCCGACAUUCACGAAAUGCAAACCCUCAUUGGAACCUCAGAACAACUACCAGUAUUAGUACCGAACGGAAAAUACAGACAACCCGAACCUCAAAUACCGGCCAAUCAUCAGCAAUCUGUGAAUACUUUCGGAAGUGUUCGACUAUCUCACGCCAACGCGAACCCUUCCAACAACAAUCCAGAAACUCAAAAUGGCAAAUCUCACCUCUUACCCCCGAACAAAAACGGGCUUGUACAAAAGGCAACCAUUUCUUCCUCAACCGGCACCGGUCUACUUCCACCCCAGCAGCAACUCGCGUUAUCCUUACAUGUUUUAAGCAGCAAAGUACCGCUUAAAUCUUUUUUGGAAGCAAACAGCAGUAGCAAGAACCACGACGUGGAAGCGGAACCAACUCAUAGCGCCACUAAUAGUAAUAGUAUUUAUCGUAGAACCAAUAGUAGCUAUCACAAUAACGAUGAUCCAGGCUAUAACGUAAGCGGUGGAAGCGCAACACAACACAUAACCUUCAAUACGGGUGAACCAAAUCAAUCGCAACCGAUACAUUCCUAUAGACCAACCGCCACCACUCUCGCUACUGUUGCACCUACCAUAAUGGCCACGGGCGCCAUCAGUUCAACCUCUGCGGAAAAUGUGCCAAGUUCUGCAGCUACCUCGACAUCGCUCUCGUCCGCAUCGAACAUUUCGACCACCUCGAACGGUUCCUCGGCGAUGUCAUCCUCUUCUUCCUGUUCAGUACAUUCUCAGCAGCAACCGCAUCCUCAACAGCAGCAACCUCAACAUCGGACCGUCAGGUACGGCAGCAGCAGCAGCAGCAACAACGGCACGACGCCACCAGUAGCAGGUGACGGUGUCGAUCUUACCUGUGCUGCAGCAGUACGGAUUACGGAGAAUCCACAGUAUUUGAAGAACAAAUCGACACCGGGAGGAUACCGCUCUCCAGCUGCCGUACUGAACACUUCACUCUUCGAUAGUAGCCAACGUAGAUUAUUAGAUUUAACAAUAGAUAGUAAUAGUAUAGAACCGUACGACGAUGAUGUAACUAACUGUGAUCAAAACGACGAUGCUAACCAAUCAAAUACCUCUACCAACAACCUCCUGAGCACCGAGUGCUCUCCCCAACAACCGCACCACCACCACCACCAACAGCAGCAGCAGCUCUCCGUACGAAUGCGGUUAGCUCCCGCGUCCGGGAGCGACCUGCACGAAGCGGAAUGCAACAAUAACGAGCAACACCGAGGAGCAGCGGCAGGCUUCCAUAGCGACUGCCUUCGGUUACCGCCCAUUCACCGGCAGCAAUUGCUCAAUUCCAGUGGCGCUCCUUGUGAGAUCGCCGAUCCUGACGAGGAAGGCGAUCUGGACCACCUGGAAGACCUGGACAACUCUUCGUCACUGUUGAACGAGAGUAGCCUGAGCACGAAGCCCCUCCACCAACAGCAUACCUCCAGUUGGAACUUUCGGCGACCCAUUGUCGGGCCGAACGGUUAGUUACGCCACCACAGUCGGCUAGACCACUAUCACCAGCAUCAUCAGCAUCAUUAUCGUCUUCGUUAUCGUUCAUUAGCAGCACACUCAUCCGAACGAUUGUUUCGAACAUGUGAUCACCAUCAAUAUAGGAACAAAGUAAGAUGACCCAUUCGCAUGCACUAAUUAAUUAUCUAUAUUAUAUCUCAACCAUACUUUGGCUAAAUGGAAAACCUUUAUAGAUAAGAGGAAAACCGCGAUCGAAACGAACACUACUAUUCAGAUAGAAAGAGAGAGAUGUUUUUAUUUUAUUUAAAUUCUAAAUUCUAUAAAUUAAUAAGAUUCGAUCGAAAUGAGAAAACAAUAUUGAUUGAACAAGAGGCUUCUUCUUUUACCUACCUAUCGGAACAUUUGCGGAUAUUGCGCGUUGUAUGGUUAAGAGUUGUAAACAUGUUUGGUGAAGUUUUUUAUAAGAGAAGAAAAUGGUGUACCCAUCAUAUCCGCGCGCGCGCAAAACCCGCGACGGAAGUUAUUUGCGUUUCUAAAUUCCAAAUCUCAACUGCUUUUGCUUCACGCCAAAUCAAAAACCUUUAUCAUCUAACACCAUACAGAAUACGGUCGGUCAUUGUCAAAAGCGGAGGAGAAUUUACUGGACACGGGGUUUUCAGUGCGUUGUGAAUAAGUUUUUCUAUAGGAGUUCUAUAGGAGCUACCAAGAGGUGUAGCUCCGUGUACAUGUCACAACAAUAUGUCGUUUUUUUACUUUCUUUUAAUGAGUUUUUGUAUUUAGAAGUGUUCACCCUUAGUUGUAAAACUGAGCGCGCUUGCUGUGCAUUACGCAAAAGUGGUGCCAAAACUCCCCUUUGAAGCAUCCACAAACACCUCCUAAUCGCUGCUUGACGAAGAAAGCAACUUUGUCAAAAUUCUCAAUAUCCAAGAGAAAUCCUAAAGAAAAUUGAGUCAAUAUCUAAUUGUACACCCAAACAACUUUGAGUGAAUGCUUUCUCGAUAUCGUAAAGUACUUUAUGUAAAAAAAUCAUAGUGGAAUAAUCUUCCAGAUUGGUUCACAUGAAGAGGCACGUUUGCUAUAUAAACAUCACGGAUGUGAUGAUCGCAUUGUUCUAAGCAUUUCAGAAGGAAAGAGAUCAAACUGAUAUAGGUCUGAAACUCUUUGCUUCUUCAUACGAUGCACGAUUCACGUUUGUACUCUGUAGUAAAACGGCAAACAAGUUUCUUUUUUAAACAUGUUUGAAAUAAUAAAAUCAAUUCUUAAGUAAAAUAGAAUAAAGUCCAUGUGCCCAGAAAGAAUUGAAAGGAAUAAAGCUAUUUAGUUUCCACUCAAUCGAUUCUAUAGUUACAAUACUCCGCGCCACUAGAAAAGACAUCAGGUUCACUUGAAAAUAUAAUAUCCACACAUUCGGGGAAGUGUGUGCUGAUCAAGCAUUCCAGAACUUCCUUAUCAGAGGAAGUGGAAUCGCCAUGUGGCGAACAAAGUUCGUUCACUCAGAAAUUCUUAGAUUUCCCAAGUAUUUUGUUCAACCAACUGACUUUACUCAAACUGGAUACAUUUGUACAGAGAUUUUUCCAACCGGAUCGUUCAACAGGCCGAAGAACUUCCUUGUAGAUCUUGCGAGCUGACCUGAAAGCUUACGAACCACCCGAACGUCGUCUGUUCCAACUCUUUCUACAUAGACCGCAGAGGGCAAGCUUAUUUAAAAGCCUCCAUGAUUAAGGCCGUUAUAGUAUCAACGGCAUCAUCUAAAUCAUUUGGAGUGUCAAUGGAUGGUGAGUAUCAAGGAAAUUUGGCCGCAACCAAUUCAGUAAAGAUAUCCCAGUUGGUAGACCGGGGGUUCCUGAAACGCAAAGUUUGCGAAGUAACAUUCAUUUGUUUAGAAAAGAUGUAGCGAUGGUCAGAUAAAGAUAAAGAUUCUUCAUCCGACACAUGCCAAUUGGUCAUCUCGUGACUGAUUCUACUAGAAUAAAAUGUCUAACACUCCCUCUCUAGCAGAUAUCAUGGACGUUGUGCGGUUGCCUAUGUUAUUUCUAAGUAAGAUCUGUACUACUUAAGUAUAUUCCAUCAAACUAGAGCCUCUCAAAUUAAUGUCUGAGCUGCCUCAGAUGAUAUGGAGAGCAUUAUCAUCACUGCCAACACUUAUCGGAAGGCUUUUUGAAGUGCAGUAUGCGAUGACUUGCUUGAAAGCAUCGGUUUGGCAUGGUUCAUCAUGCGGUAAAUACACCGAACAAUAGACGUAUUUCCAUGCGUAUCUCCUGUUAAGGUGUCCUACAAAUAUCUCAAUUGUGACAACACAUACAUCUCUGGUGGUUGACGCAGAGAAGAGUGUUGCAACAAUUGUGUUAUUGACAAGCGCACAGGUUCGAGGCAUGACACGCGAGUUUGCCAUUUCAUUUUCAUUGAAAGUAGCACACACCGGUUACACAAGGUUUUCUAGAUAAAAAUUUUCCUUACGAAAGUAAGGUUCUUGGACUAAAGCUACUUGGGCUGUACUUUUUUGCAUAAGUCUGCAAAGAUCCGUACGAUUGGAAAGCGCCAAAGGCGAAAAUUUGAAUUAAUCAAUGUCAUCUUUAUAAUCCCGCCCUUAUUUAGCCUCUACUUUGAGACUGAAGAAAGGCAGCUGAUUGUCUCGGAGAAAUACAAGGUCUACAGUAUUAUUGCUCCGGUUAGCGCAGUAAGGGCAAAAUACUGUGGAGGCUGCCCAAGUACUCCACAGGCUUCGAUUGCGGUUAUGUUUUUAUGUUUUUGUUAGACACCCCCCCCCCCCCCCCUAACGAUUCAUUCCUAAGCACGGUAAGCAUUAAGGGGCAUAACACCAUGAAUUAGGGGUCACCUGAUUAAUGGAUUCCUGCCACCGGAACAGGCUGUCCGUAGUGCUAUUCUAAGCCAGUUGAACUAACAGCUACCGCCACUACACUGCUAUCUAAGCUGAUCGGGAAAAGAAGUAAAAUUUUGAUAUUUUACUUUAUACGGACCCGAAAAGCUUAAAGUGAACAGAAGGAAGCAGACGCUUCUGUUGAUACUUCUUAAGGUAGAUCUCUUCGUUAACAGCCCAGGGAGCUGCCGGAGUCGGGAGUUCGCCUUGUCGAGCAGGUUCAACCUACUUCAUUGAACAGGACUAUUAUUGCCAGCUCCGUUCAGAUUUUCAUCUGCCGUUCUGGCGUCUUCCUUCUCUGAAGCGAGACAUCAUUACCAGCCCCGGUCGGAAUUUUAUCCGCCGCCUUAGAGCCUCUCUUCUCUGAGGCGAGACAUUCAUGCCAGCCCUGGCCGGAAUUGCAUCCGAGGCUCUGGCAUUUCCCUCUUUCGAGUCGAGAUUCUACGAUUUCCCUCUGGUUCGAUCCGAUCAGAUGCUAUCCGUCGAAAAACAGACUAUUUAUAAUUACCUUAAGCUGGCUGUUCCAGCCUCAUUCAGCGGAAAACAUCUUGUUCUAGUUGUCCUCCUCAUUUGUAACAGCCAACAACGCCACGGAAUUCCCUGCUCUUCGUACGAUGCACGUCGGGAUGUCCACUGAACAUUUAUCUUCUCAAUGUCCUCUUCAAAGGCUCGAAUCCUCAUAUUUCUACUUGUCCAGGUUUGUUCUGCAAAAUGGGUUCUUCUCGUCGCCAAUGCACUAGCACUAGCACUAGCCGACUUGACAGAUCGAAUGAUAAUAAUCACCUUCACCAACGGCAUGGCCUACUCGGUGAUACACCAAACUAUGUAUAUCCAAGGAAGUCAAGAGAUGGGCUACCUAAUUUUGUUUUUGUACGCUUUUACUUUUGAAUUUUGACUAGGUUCUUCAACAGAUCACAUCUGCACUGCAACCGCUCCAGCAAAUUCACCUUCUGAUGUAAACUCAACGUACCUAAAUGCAAUAGAGGUUAAUUUAUAAGUUAGGAAUUGUUGUGAAUGGAAAUCCUUUUAUGUUUUUGCAUUAUUGCUAUUGCUAUUCUGAGGUAUAUGUACAGAGCUCCCUGUGCGAUGGUGUAAAAUGGCUAAGCAUCGUAAAACCCAACCGGCAAGGCAAACGUUAAAAGAAAGAAACAACUAUAAUGGAAACAUUAUAACAAACUAUAUAUUAUUACUAUUAUUAUUAUAUUGCAGACGCAUUAAUUUAUAGAAAAAAAAAAACAAAACAAAACUUUAAGAAAAAAAAAACUAAGAAGCAUAAGAUAUAUUACAAUCUGGUACCUGAAACGAACAGUAGAGAGUAAGUUGACCUAUUAAAAUUACACACAAAAGUACUAACAGAACAGAUUAAUUUGUGCGUAAAGGUGUAGCAACAAACUAUGCAACACAAACAGUACACCCGCAAUUACUAGGGUGACACAUUAAGAAAAAAAAAAAUGUUCGGACAAAUGUUUGCUGUUUCAGUGAUUGUGACCGAUUUUUUUGUUUUUAUUAUUUGGAAUAAGUGAAGGAAAACUGUGCUAAACCUCAUUUUUCUGUAAGCCUCUUUUAUGGUUGAACAAAUGGCAACAAUCGAAUUAUAUUAGCGAUCGAACAUUGAAAUUCCAAGCGAUACGUAUUUUGUAAAAAAAAAAGAAAAAAAAGCAAACAGAUGAUAUUGAAGGAAAUCAGCUAUAAAUCGAAUCUGUUUUAAGUACACAUAUAUAGCUUAAGUCUCAUUACAUUUGAUGAUAGUGUGCGAAUAGUAGAGAAACGGAAUUUAAUUUCGAAAGGCUAUCCUACAAACACUUAACAAAAAAAAAAGAAAUGGAAAAGGGAGAUUUUGAUUGACAUCGUUAAGCUAAACACUGUUUGAGUUGAAGAACAAAAUUUAAGAAAAUAAGGGAAAUACAGUUGUGAAAAAAACAGUCAAUGAUACACAAAACAAGCGAUAAGUAUGUGUGCAUCGUUAUCGUGAUGUUGCGAAAAAAUAUAACUAAAAAUACUUUGAUGAAAAACUGAAAAAAAACAACUAUACGACUUCGACAAAAUGGAUUGAAUUAUUUAAUCUAAUCCCAGCGAUUUAGAGAAUCGACAGAGAUGCGAAACCAUAGGAAAUUUCACAAAUGAAACAAACAUACACAAAACAUAACUGGCAACUCGGAAGACAUGUGAUUUGGCAACCGUGCGAUACGAAUAAACAAAAGUAAUAAAGCGAAGACAGGGCUAGGAUUGAACUACAGAAAGAAUCUAACGGCAAAGAAACGUAUGUAACGUGCCUUGCUUGUACAAAUUGACAGAAAAAAAAACUUUAAAUGCUAAAAAGAUGCUCUAAUUGAAUCAGUCAGAGACACAGAAACACAAGAACACACGAAGCGCCAUUUCAGUCAGUACUUGUGUGACGCCACUAGGAUGGCAAUGUUUGUUAGUUAUUUGCUUUACCCCCUUGUCAAUCGGUUACUUCACACCUUCUUUGUUGUUUAAUUUCAAUAUCCGGUGUUGGCUUCGGAUAAAAUGUAGAGAAUAAGAGUGCCAUUCUUCGAACCUAUUGCUGGAAAUGACAACAGUUUGAUUGUUAUCACUAACCGGUUAUCACACACACACUCACAAAACACGUGCAAUAUACAGUUAAUUCAUAGUUAAGUUACGCUUAUACAUAUUACACACACAAAGAUAAUCACAAAACUUUUAAUAGAUUUAAACGGUUCAAUUUUAAUGCAAGGUAGGCAAAAUUCAAUACCAUAUUACAUAAUGCAGAAACUGUGUUAUAACUUCUCGAAACCUACUCAUUUAUUGAAUUGAUCUUACUCAGAAAUCCGAAAUUCUAUUGUUUUUCUUCACAGUUUCAGUUAAAAGAAGGACAACUUGUAGUCAAUGAGUAGUUUGAUUUUUAAAAGAAACUGAGUAGAGUUAUAGAUUGCUGAAUAAGAUCAACUCGGUGCCUGACUUUUAGGAUGUGGAGUUCUCAUCCGAAUAGUAUUUUUGGAAAAAAAUCUAACUAGACUAAAUUGCGAUUACUACAAAAAUUCCUUGAGAAAUUUCAAGAAGUAUCCUUUGAGGAAUUCUUCAGAGUAUAUUUAUAGGAAUUUUUGAGGACUAUUUUUUGGAAAUUUCCAUUAAGAAUCCAAAAAAAUAUUUUUUCGAGAAUUCUCAAGGAAAAGCCCGAUGGGAGCUUUCCUAUCUGGAAGUAUUUCUCUCUUAAGAAAUUCAUGGAAGAUUUUUUCUACUUUUUUGUGGAAUUACUUAACCAAUUAAUGUACUCAACCCUUGAAAAAUCUUAAAGGAAUUGCUUAAAUUGCUUUUGGGGGAGUUGAGAAAUCCCUUCGAUGAUUUAUUGGAAUUUUUGGAAUCCCCGAAGAGUUCAAGAGAAAUUCCUCAGGGGGAAAUCCUAAAAAAAUUUCUUCAAUAAAUAAUAUCGAAUUGCAAGAGAAACUUCUUAAGGUUUAAAAAAAAUCCAUACAAAAGUUAUCCGAGAAUCCUUUUGAAAGGUGUCGGAGUGAAUCUCAAGAGAACAUCUUGAAUGAAAUACUAAAUAUCAUAACAAUAUCUCAAAACCUCAUACCCAUACAAACAUCAACUGUUUGUCAUUUCCUGGAUCAUAUUCAUCUCUGACAAAACCAUCAGGACUAGGAAUUAAAAAAAACUGAAGCUUGAUUUUUUUUAUAUAACUGUUCAGAUACAAUGGCAAAAAUGUGAUUAAUUCUGUCUAAAAUCGCUUCUCUUAUAUCUAUCGCUAAAAUGUGCAAAAUAAAAAUGGAAUUACACAUGUGUUACGCACUGUUACAUUGAAAAGAAAAGAAAAAAACUAAUCGAAAGAACAGAAACGCAACUCUCGAAUCGAACACUACAUACUUUUAAGAGAAGAAAUAUCGAAUAGUUUUGUCAACAUGAAUGUAGAUAACAAUUUUACGCCUAUUUUUACACAAACUUCUAAUUCUAAAUUUAUGCUAUAGAAGAUGACGAACACAGUUACCAUUAUACAAUGCACUUCCUCCUUCGACCGUUUUGUUCUAUUUAUUCUCAUAUGUUCUCGUAGGUUCAUAGUCUUACCGUAGUCGCCGCAGUCAUAGUUUUAAAUGUUCCGUUCAACUGAAGAUACCACAUUAGGAAGUCUGAUAACACUUUCGGCCGAAAGCGUUCCCAGUCUUCCCAAUAUGCCAUCUUUCAGCAUACUCUGUAUCAAACUCACCAACACAUAUCAAUGCACCGUAAUAAAUAACAAACACACACAGUCACCUGAUACUCAUAGCAAUAACUACGCAGCUCUACGUUUCUUUAUUCAAAGUUUCCAAAACCAUUACAGCACAAUAGAACCCUUUCACACACGCAUCCAUUCAUAUGUUACGUAAAGAAACGUUCCAGCACAACCAAAAUGAGUUUUAAUAGACACAUGUACCAAUUACUCGCCACACUCGAAUACAUCUAUAGCCAAAGCAUUUCUCAGUUAUUGUUUUUAGAUGUAUAAUGAACAAAACAGCCACACCCACACACAGCCAAUAUAAGCGUAUGCGCGUUCACUCUAAAUAGGAAACAGGAUAGAAACAUGCAUAUACUCACUCACACACACACAUUCAAGCCCGAAAGGAAAACCAUUUCUGUGAACCGAUUACAUUUUAUACAUUCCAUAAAUUCCGUGGUAUCCCAGCAGAACCAUGGUGGCGAUAGGUCCGAUUUCUUUUAAAGUUGUUACUAGGAUUAUUUCUACACAUUAAAAUUUCUACAACCCGAAAACGGAUAGUAUUUAUUGAAAAUGAUCAAUACCUGUUUCAGUUGCGAGCGCAAGGCUCGCCCAAAUAUAUACUAUUUUGUGUACAGUGAUUUAUAUAGGAUCGAUUAUUUAACAAACACAGCAAGAAACUAUUUUAUUUAUUUUUCACACAUACAUACACUCGUAUUCACACACAUAGAGAAAACCCCCCAAACGCCCAAUCCCGAUAUGAAGAGAUCACGACAAGAAACAAUAUGAUUUUGUUUCACACAUAUACUUAAAACCCCAUCGCAUAAUAUAGAGAGAAAAAACUUAUUCGUUCGCUAGGAAUGACAAAACUGUGUACAGACAAAAAAAAACACAAAUAAAAAAUCAAUCCUCAUAAACACACAGCAAGAACCAGGAAAGCGCCAUCAUAAGAAAGAAUGAAAUUCACACACACGUCGCCUACUGUGCUUUCCCCCCUUUUCCAUACUUAAUUCGGCGUGUACGGCGGGCGAUAAUCAGGAGUGCUAUCAAAGGCUUUCAUUUUGUUGGUUCUCAUUUGUUUGAUUUUUGUUUUAUCUAUGUUUUCUUUGAUAAUAAUGAAAAAAAAGAAGAAGUAAAACAAGCAGCAGUGCGAACGAAUGAAACAUUUUUGGAUGAAUUGUUAUCUACCUCAUAACGACAAGAUAAUUUUAUACAUGUUUGUUUUUAAUUCUAGUAAAAGAAUACAAUGAACGAAAAGUAAUUUUUAUUGAUUAAUUUUAGUUAUUCGUGUAUAAAAUAUACAGUAUACAAUAAAUACAAGAGAAGAAAACCUUUUCUAAUUGAA